AUGCUCCUGGUUAAGAGCGCUCACAAUAAGGCUCAUCCCGGCGUCACAGGUACCUAUAAGCAGGUUGUUAGCUCUUAUCACUGGCCUGGGGUCCGUCGUAGUAUCAGCCGCAUUGUCAAGUCAUGUGGGAUCUGCAUCAAAAAUAAACAUCGUGCUACUCUGAAGCAGGCCGCAGGUAUCAAGAAGGUGGAUGGCAUCCCCUGGCGCUCCAUUGGCCUUGACCACACAGGUCCCUACGAGGAAAACGGCGACAGAGCCAAAUUUCUGCUUGUUGCCACCGACUUGCUAACCGGUGCUAUAGAUGCUGAGGUCGUCGGUACUACCAACUCAAUGAAUCUGAUAACUGCUGCUCGGCGUAUAUUCGCCCGGACUGGCCAACCGAACACGGUCCACAGCGACCGAGGGUCGUCUUAUGUGAGCGCUGCUUUCCGAGCCUUCCUCAUCAAACGCAACAUUCGCCAAAGAUUUGCUCCUCCUUCGAGCCCGCGCUACGGAGGUAAGUGGGAACGGAGCCAUGGCCCCCUCAAUCACCAUAUCCGCAUCUUGCGAUCCAGAGGUGAGAAGUUAGAUUGGAGAACCCUGGUGGCUGAGGCUGUAUCUCUGAGCAAUACCAGGCUUACCUGGCACGACAUCUCUCCCUGGGAUCUCUGCCACACCUAUCGGCAUGAUCAGACCGGGGUAGCCUCUCCUCUUGCGGCCGACAUACUCCUAACUUGGCGCGAGACUUUUUGGGAGGAUACACGCGAGAGGACACGCGCAAAAUUGGGACCCUCCGGUCAGUCAGUAUCUGUGGGUGACUGUGUUUACUUGAAGACCCCUUCGCCGUCGAAGCUUGGUUCUUUAGCUCGUGGCCCCUACGUCGUGCUGGAGGCCACUGGCCACACUUUUAGGUUAAGGGAGCGCUCAACGGGUAAAGAAUUACUCCAGCCUCUCCAUAACCUCAUACCAACGCAGUAG